GGACCAAACGUCAAUGUAGAGAGGUAAUGGACAAGCAGUCUGCUCUUGCGUACCAGGCUUCAUUGGCAGUCCUCCAGCUUGUAGACCUGAAUGUGUGUCUAGCUCUGAAUGUCCGCUCAACAAAGCAUGUGUCAAUCAGAAAUGUAUAG